AUGUCGACGCGCAAGAGGAAGCAAGAGGCCGAGGAGGAGGAAGAACUCCAGGCUCUUCCCAGUGACGAAAGCGAGGAGGAAGAAUACCAAUCCUCCGACGCUGAAGGAGAUGACUACGAAGAUGAAGAGGAGGAGUCGUCAGAAGAGGAAGAGGAAGAGGAAGAAGGGGAAGGAGAAGGAGAAGGAGAAGAAGAUGGCGGUGAAGAGCAACAGAAAGCGCCUGCUCCCAAGAAGCGCAAGACCGCCCAUGACAAAGACGGUGGCGAAGAUGAGGGUGAGAGUGAAAAAGACGCAUCUGGUGAAGAAGGUGAAGAGGGCGGAGACGAUGCCAAAGCUGAGGAUACGCCUGAAGAUGAUGGUGAGGGUGAAGAGGAGGAAUAA